AUGACGUAUAUAUAUUUAUUAUUGAUGAUUCUUACAUAUGUAAAAUUGACACAUUCUGAAUAUCGAAUAAAACUGAACGAAGUAUACACUGAGCUCAAGCAACAUGUAGGAUACUCUCUCGAAGUUGGAAUAGGUACUCCAGAAAAAAAUUUCAGUGUAUUGCUUCAAACAGCUUCACCAUUAUUUUGGGUUGCUGAUGAAAAUUGUCGAUUUUUAUUCUGUAAAGGGAAGAGGAGAUUCUCAAAAUCAAAAUCGUCAACAUAUGAAGAGACUAGUGAUUUAGGGGGCUAUGAUUCUGAAGUACCAAACAAAUUUCUAGCUAUAAGUAGAAGCCGAGAUAUUGUACAGAUAUAUCGCCUUAUUGGAGGAAGAUUAAAGCUUAUGAAUGCAUCGUUUGGCAUGCUGUCAAAGUUUGGUAAGUGGGUAGAAGGGAAAAAAUACGUGGGAAUCGACGGAGUUCUUGGCAUUUCAUCAACAUUACUUGGCGAUAUGCUAACAGAAAAUCCAAUCAAACAAGCAAUUCGAACUGGCUCGAUAGAACCUAUUAUUGCUAUAGCUUUACCACCUUUGCAUCAUCGAGUAAGCGCUACGCUUACACUUGGUGGAAUUGAUAGUGAAUUAUGUCAAUCAGACAUUGUUAAAAGUGAGGGACUUUUUUUACUCAAUGGCAGACGUUAUGAAUUUGAGUUCUCUUCAAUGUCAUGGGGUAGAGCAAAAUUUUCAAAACCUAAAAGAAAACUAUUAGCAUAUCCAGAUUCUGCUGAACCCUUCAUUAUGGUUCCACAGCAAUUCAUGGAAGCAAUUAUCAAUGCUACUAAUGCUGAGUUAUAUAGUCGACAAUGCUUGCUGGGUUUUAACAGCAAACCUGGGAAUGCUGAUAACAAGUUAACAUUAGGAAUUCCAUUUCUGCAUCGUUAUUGUACAAUUCUUAAUCCCAGACAAAAAACUAUAAGCUUUCUUUCGAUGAAAAAUGAUUUUGAUAAAGAAAUACGUUAA